CGGUAAUCUGCGUGGACGUUGCAGCAUCGCGCUCACAAGUGAGAACAAGGAAGCAACAUGUGCUGAUCUGAUUGAUAAGUUCAACAACAGAGCAGACGAGCGACGGCAGCACGCAGGACGCAGCGCGGUAUAAUUACACAGACACCAUGAAAAGGGAGGUGAAGGCUGGAGCCAACUUUCUCAAACGUAUGGCUGUAGCACGAGGCAAGCUUGACGAAGCCAAAGCCGAGCUGUUUGCAGUGAAGCUAAAGAAACUUUUAUGUGACAAAUACGACGACCACUGGUACCCUGAGUGUCCCAGCAAAGGCCAGGCGUACAGAUGCAUACGGAUAAAUAAAGGAGAACCCUGUGAUGAAGUUGUCCGUAAGGCCUGCGAGGAGUGUGAGCUCGCCCCCAGCGAGCUGGGGCUUCCCCAUGAGCUCACACUAUGGAUUGACCCGUUGGAAGUGUGUGCAAGAUCCGGGGAGAACAGCAGGCCCUUCACAAUAGCCAGUUUCAACGAAAAAGAGGAAGAUGAGGAGAGCUUGAAGGGAAACCGGGAGGACGGCUCUGUGAACCUGGACACAUCAGAUUACCACUCGGCUACCUCAUCAGAUUGUGGUUCCGCUGCGUCGAGCGACACGGAAGAAAAGGACGGCGAGCUGGAGGGAAAGCAAGAAAAACAGAAGCAGGCUGUGAAGGAGGGAGCAGAAAGCAACACCUGCUCAAUAAAGAUGGUGCCCAGGGUUCGGAAGUGGCACGAAGAUGGGCUGAAUAAGGGAAAAUACCUCAGAAAUAAGAUCCCUGCUAGCCUCCAGUACUUCUACCACCCGACACCAGUGUGGCCUCAGAAGGCUGCGCCGGUGUUCCUGACCACAGUGUGUGCACCUACAGUGCCACCACCUCCACCGCAACACGUUUUUGGCUACUACUUUGUGCCGCAGCCAUCGCCCCAGUUCAUCCUGCCUCAGGCCGCCCUGCAGCCGUGGGGGGCGGUGAAGGGUUAGACUGUCCAGAGACUGCUGGCUGGAGGGCAGCUAGAGCUUUGCAUGCUCUUUUAACUGAGCCAUGGCAUGAAAGUUCUAUGACUUGGGCCAAAAACAGAUUUAUUGUAUGUAUUUUUUUUUCCUUUUUAAAAAUUUUUAACAUUUUAUAACUUUGAUAAUGUGACUGCCACUGAACCUGAACACAUUGUAAUCUGCUGUAUCUCCAAAAUUAAUUUUCUUGCGUACUGUACUCUUUAUGAAUGACUUGAGUCACUGGGUGGGUAGACUAACUCAGGGACUUUUAUGUUUUAAGCCAAAUAAUUGACUUUCUGUGUUGUCUGUCAUGAUCUUUGCCAGUUAGUUUACUAAAUAUGUCCACUGUGUACAAAUCAAUCUUUGUAGAAUAUGAUUCAGGGUUUUAAUAUUUUUGUAACUAGUCACAAUAUCUGUAUUUAGAUUAUUUUUCACUAAAUGACUUGUAAAAAGUCGUGAACAUGGGUACCAUAGUAUAAUGCACGUUUCUCUUUACUUUUAUGUAAUUUAUUUGGGCACCACUAGAUGGUGCUCAAGUAACACCUUUUAAUGAACUGCUGUACAGUACAAUUCCUGCUUGAGAAAAUACAAGCACAUUUUCUUUUUUUAAAGCUGCUUUCCCAAGGCUGUUUUUUUUUAAAGAAAAACAACUAUUUAUUGUAAAAUCAUUCCUUACAAGAACCUGCUAGAGCUUUAUACAUUGAAUGCAAAUGCAUGCUCCACUCAAUUAUGUGAUCAUUUGAAUGCAUAUUUAUUCGGUUUUCUUGCCACUUUUAAGAUUUUGUCUUUUUAUUGUUUUUUUCCUCUCACCUUUUUUCAGUAGAAAUAUACUUUUCUUUUUACUCCAGAUUAAACCGAACUUUUACCUGAAAUCUGAGUGUCC